GCGCGCCGGGGUGGAGGGAGCCCGCUUUGGGCCCUGCCGUGGAGUCCCAGCACCCCGUGCUGUGCCGGUGGGACCCUGAGACCCCGGGUUCUGGAGAUCCGAGCGGGAGAGCGCCCCCACCUGCGGACCUCCCCGCGGGGCCUUGGCGGCCCUAAGGAGGCGGGACGAGCGGCCAGCCAGCACUGGCAGAGUCCACGCAACCGGCUGCCCUGAGACCUCAGUCCGAAGGAGGACAGAGGAGAGAACUCAGGGUCACUUUCGGCUUUGACUGCAGCCAUGCCCACGAUGUCCAUGUUGUGAGGUCUCCCGCCAUCUAAGAACGCGAUGUCCCUGCUCUUCUCUCGAUGCAGUCCCGUUGUCACUGCCAAGAAGGACAAGAGACACAUGGCUGAAGUGAACGCUUCCCCCCUCAAGCAUUUUGUCACCGCCAAGAAGAAGAUCAAUGGCAUUUUUGAGCAGCUGGGGGCCUACAUCCAGGAGAGCGCCACCUUCCUGGACGACACCUACAGGAAUGCAGAGCUGGACCCGGUCACCACAGAAGAGCAGGUCCUGGAUGUCAAAGGUUACCUGUCCAAAGUGAGGGGCAUUGGUGAGGUGCUGGCACGGCGGCACAUGAAAGUGGCUUUUUUCGGCAGGACGAGCAAUGGCAAGAGCACCGUGAUCAACGCCAUGCUCUGGGACAAGGUGCUGCCCUCUGGGAUCGGCCACACCACCAACUGCUUCCUGCGGGUCGAGGGCACGGACGGCCACGAGGCCUUCCUCCUCACCGAGGGCUCAGAGGAGAAGAAGAACGUCAAGACCGUGAACCAGCUGGCCCACGCCCUCCACCAGGACGAGCAGCUCCAUGCGGGCAGCCUGGUGAGCGUGAUGUGGCCCAACUCCAAGUGCCCACUUCUGAAGGACGACCUCGUGCUGAUGGACAGCCCUGGCAUCGAUGUCACCACAGAACUGGACAGUUGGAUCGACAAGUUCUGCCUGGACGCGGAUGUGUUUGUGCUGGUGGCCAACUCGGAGUCCACGCUGAUGCAGACGGAAAAGCAAUUCUUCCACAAGGUGAGCGAGCGCCUGUCCCGCCCAAACAUCUUCAUCCUGAACAAUCGCUGGGACGCGUCUGCCUCAGAGCCCGAGUACAUGGAGGAGGUGCGGCGGCAGCACAUGGAGCGUUGCACCAGCUUCCUGGUGGAUGAGCUGGGUGUGGUGGACCGAGGCCAAGCUGGAGACCGCAUCUUCUUCGUGUCUGCCAAGGAGGUGCUCAAUGCGAGAAUCCAGAAGGCCCAGGGCAUGCCUGAAGGAGGGGGCGCUCUUGCUGAAGGCUUCCAAGUGAGGAUGUUUGAGUUUCAGAAUUUUGAGAGGAGGUUUGAGGAGUGCAUCUCCCAGUCUGCAGUGAAGACCAAGUUCGAGCAGCACACAGUCCGUGCCAAGCAGAUCGCAGAGGCCGUGCGCCUCAUCAUGGAUUCCCUGCACAUUGCGGCUCAGGAGCAACGUGUUUACUGCCUGGAGACGCGGGAAGAGCGGCAGGAGCGGCUGAGGUUCAUCGACAAGCAGCUGGAGCUGCUGGCCCAGGACUACAAACUGCGCAUCAAGCAGAUAACGGAAGAGGUCGAGAGGCAGGUGUCCACCGCCAUGGCCGAGGAAAUCCGGCGCCUGUCCGUGCUGGUGGACGAGUACCAGAUGGACUUCCACCCGUCUCCGGUCGUCCUCAAAGUGUACAAGAACGAGCUUCACCGCCAUAUAGAGGAAGGGCUGGGCCGGAACAUGUCUGACCGCUGCUCCACGGCCAUCACGGGCUCCCUGCAGACCAUGCAGCAGGAGAUGAUAGACGGCUUGAAGCCCCUGCUCCCUACAUCUGUGCGGAGCCAGAUGGACAUGCUGGUCCCUCGGCAGUGCUUCUCCCUCAGCUACGACCUCAACUGUGACAAGCUGUGUGCUGACUUUCAGGAGGACAUCGAGUUCCACUUUUCUCUUGGGUGGACCAUGCUGGUGAAUAGGUUCCUGGGCCCCAAGAACAGCCGCCGGGCCUUGAUGGGCUACAACGACCAGGUCCAGCGUCCCAUUCCUCUGACACCAGCCAACCCCAGCAUGCCUCCCCUGCCCCAGGGCUCGCUCACCCAGGAAGAGCUCAUGGUGUCCAUGGUCACCGGCCUGGCCUCCUUGACAUCGAGAACGUCCAUGGGCAUCCUCGUGGUGGGAGGAGUGGUGUGGAAGGCAGUGGGCUGGCGACUCAUCGCGCUGUCCUUUGGGCUCUACGGCCUGCUCUAUGUCUACGAGCGUCUGACCUGGACCACGAAGGCCAAGGAGAGGGCCUUCAAGCGCCAGUUUGUGGAGUAUGCCAGCGAGAAGCUGCAGCUCAUCAUCAGCUACACAGGCUCCAACUGCAGCCACCAGGUCCAGCAGGAACUGUCGGGAACCUUUGCUCACCUGUGCCAGCAAGUCGAUGUCACCCGGGAGAAUCUGGAGCAGGAAAUUGCCGCCAUGAACAAGAAGAUCGAGGUUCUCAACUCACUUCAAAGCAAAGCCAAGUUGCUAAGGAACAAGGCCGGCUGGCUGGACAGCGAGCUCAACAUGUUCACACACCAGUACCUGCAGCCCAGCAGAUAGUGGGGCCGAGCUGGAGCCGCUGGAGCCGGCGGUGCUCGCUAGGGGGCCUCCGUUGCCACCGCCACGGCCACCACCGUGAGGAUGAGCGCGCACCUGUGCCUCGCACCCCUUCCGGCCCUCAAGCGCUAGUCAUGUCCCCCUCCCCUCCCCUGCUGCUGAAGGGAGCCACCCGCUCGCACCCUAGAGGAGACUUUUAUCACACACCCCGUGGACAGCACGGUACCGAGGAGCGAGUCCCGUCUCUGCUUCGUCAGGUUCACUUGAUGGGAAAUCGCUCGAUCGCUCAGCAGGGUCUCAGCAGGGUCUCGGGAGCUCCCAGCCUUGCGGAACGCCUGCGCGGAGCCCUUGAUGGCGUCUGCAGGCGCCCUGUCGCCGGCCAACACCCACACUGGCCCGGGCACCUGCGGAGAGGGGCCACCGUGUGGCACAGGGGCGGGAGACUUUUCCUCCCAGAUCGCAUCAGAAACCCUGCCAGGAAGGCCGAGUGCGCCCCGGCUCGCAGCCGCGUGUCUGACCCUGUGGCUUCGCUGCUUCGUCCUGUUGGCAGGGCCUUUCGGAUGCGCCUGGGUGGUGGGGCUCAGCACUCCCUGUGGCACGAGGGAAGGGGAAAGCGUCUGGGGAAAACGUGUGGAGCGACUGGCGUGGCAGCGAUGCUUCAGGGAGAGAGGGUUUAGAUGGGGUAUGUCCCCAUGUGGGCCGCCAGAGCAGGGCUGUUAACUCCACGAGAGGUGCUGUUGCUCCCUUUUCCUCGUUUGUCCUGUGCUGUGUCAGUCCUCGGCUGUGUGGCCUGCUUUGGCUCAUGGUGGGGGCGGGUUUUGGUGUAGAUCGUCAGAGGAUGUCGUAGGAAAGACGGUGGGAAGAGACCCGAGUCAGUGUGAAGCAGGGCCCUUUGACGUCACUCACUCAGGCUCAUGGGACCUGAGGCCCCACAUCCACCCACCCAGCAGCUGAUGCAUUUCCGUUAGGCCCUUUAAGAGACAUGCCCUGCCCCUGCCUCCCAUUAACCACCCUGGACUUACCAGCUGAGGCACAUCAGUUGGCCCUUGCACCCCGAGCAUCGACUGGCACCCAGGCGGCCUCCCGUUGACUGAGAAACGUUCCCUGCUGUUGCUGAUCAGAGUGGGGGCAGGUUCCUGGCUCCAGAGUGUUAACUGUGUGUGGAAGCAGCCUUUGGGUGACAGUCUUAGCAGUGCAGACUAGAGAACUUUCCAGAAAGCAGCACCUCUCUCCCAGAAAGAGGCCGGGCUCAGGCCGCGAUGCCGGCUUUCUCCUCCUUUCUGAAUCCAGCCACCUUUGCCGACGGGGCAGUGAGUUGGUGACCUCUGCUCUCUGAUGGUGGUUGUGCGGGACUGUCCUCCAGGUCCCUACUGGCCCCGCAGGCCCUCGGCCUACCCUGCUCUGUGGAACAGGGUGGUGGAUAUUGCCAGGUUCAGCCGGUAGGGGAGGAUGUUCCAGAGCAUUCUGCCAGGCCUAGGUGACAGUCCCAACAAAUCAGUGUCACACAAUUCGAAUGAAUUUCGUGCUUUUUGAAAAAAACAUGAUUUAUAAUAACAUGACUUUUUUUUUAAUGUAGCCCCUGGGCAUGAAAUGGAAUGGGAUCUUGAACCUCUUACACCUUAAGUAAAAUUGACACCACUACGGAAGAGACUUUCAAAAGCACUUUAACUUCAUGCUGCUUACCCUGUUCUGUGUUCCUCUGUUCAUCGCCGGAGUGUGAGAUGUGCUUGACAAUGAGUUUUUCUCUAAUGUAUUUAAAGUGAUAUACUUGCUGAAUCAUCCUGUAUCAUUGCUGGUAAUAUUGCAAACUAAAAUAAAACCUAGUUGGGAGUCCUUUGUGCCA